GACUGGGGUGCAGGAUGUGGGAGGGAUUUAGAAUGCAGAAGGGGGACUCAGUGUUCCGGGAUACUUAGCUGGGACAGCUCCUGUUUAGUGGGAUAGGUUGUUUGGUGCUCAUCUGCAGGCACUGCCCCCGCCUCGCAGCUCUUAUUGGCUGCAAUUCAAUGGGUGCUAUGGGAUGGAGCCUCCAGCUGAGGGUAGCAUGGGGUCAGAGUGUCAUGGUGCUUGGGGACGGAGAGAGGAACAGCAGCAUGCAUAGCCACCUUCCUUGUCCCCAGUAAGGGCUGGCCAGGGAAACAGGAGCUUUUCAGGCUGUAGCCCAGGGUUGCUAAUGGGACCCCUUGAGCCUGAGGCCCUGGAGUGGUGGUGGCGGCCAGUAGAGAAAAGAAGCUAUGGCUGCUCUGAGCUCCUGUGUAGGGCUUAUUAGGCAGUUAUGCAGCUUAGCGGGAACCAUGGUAAUGAGGGGACUAAUUCCAGGGGCUGUUUAUACAAAAAAAAUGAGCUGGCUUCACCUUUCAAAUACUCUGGACAAACUGGAGAAAUGGUCUCAGGCCAGAAGAAUGUUUGAGGGAGAAAUGGAAAGUUUAUCAGCCAUCCUGCAAACACAGACAGUAAAGGUGCCCAAACCUAUUAAAGUUAUAGAUGUGCCAGGAGGCAGCACUCUGUUUGUGAUGGAGCACUUAGAAAUGAGGAGUCUUAAUAGACAUUCAGCAAAGCUUGGAACACAGUUGGCUGAUCUCCACCUUCACAACCAGAAACUUGGAGAGAAGUUGAAGAAAGAGGAGAACACUGUUGGUAAAAGUGAAGGGCAAACAGACAUCCAGUUUGUGGAUCGAUUUGGCUUUCAUACAGUCACCUGUUGUGGCUAUCUUCCACAAGUGAAUGACUGGCAGAAUGACUGGGUGACUUUCUAUGCCAGCCAGCGAAUCCAGCCCCAGAUGGAUAUGGUUGAAAAGAAUUCAGGAGACAGAGAAGCAAGAGAACUUUGGGCACAGCUUCAGCUGAAGAUACCUAGUUUGUUCUGUGACAUGGAGAUUGUUCCUGCUCUCCUUCACGGAGAUCUGUGGGGAGGAAACGUAGCUGAAGAUGACUCCGGCCCCCUUAUUUUUGACCCUGCCUCCUUCUAUGGUCAUUCAGAGUAUGAACUAGCAAUAGCUGGGAUGUUUGGUGGUUUCAGCAACUCUUUUUAUUCUGCUUACCAUAGUAAAAUUCCCAAAGCUCCAGGGUUUGAGAAACGACUCAAACUGUACCAGCUUUUCCACUAUAUGAACCACUGGAACCAUUUUGGAUCAGGGUACAGAGGGUCUUCUCUAAACAUCAUGAGAAACCUGGUAAAAUGACUUUACACUCAAGCAGAGUAGCCCACUACACACUUAGGAAAACCCAAACUUCUUGGUGAGGCAAUUACAGUAGUAAUAAAAUAGAUACUUGAUCAUCUAAGAGAACCCUAUUUGCACAGUUAAAGAUCAGAAAGUCCUGCAGAAUCCCAACUAUGGCAUUUUCCAUCCCUUUAGGAUAGUCAUUUGUUGCAGGAAUAAUUAGUUAGUUUGCUAUCCAAGGAAGUGUUAAUUCCAGAGCUAUGUGAAGAAGCUUGCUGUGUCAGGGUGGUGUUGUACAAUUCUGUUUUGAAUCAGAGAAGAUAACUCUUGGGUGUAAAUUACUAGGAAGAGGUCCUGUGACAGAGACCAACUGUGUCACGUUGCUAAUGUUUGCACUUGCACAUUGACUCAGAAAUCAACGUGAAAAGCUCAGUGAAAUGGAUGAAUGGCCUUUCCUUACAUACCAAUCCAAAUGGCUGAAAGGGUUGCUCAGUGAAACUUUCUUCCUUUUUGUUAGCUUGCUUAGCCAAAUACUUUUCAUCCAUGUGUUUCUAGGUACAAGUACCAAAGGAAAUGGGUGGGGUCACCUGCCCAGCCUAUUGCAUAGCACUGGGUCCAGACUUCUGAAACAUUUCAAGUUUAGUGUGACACCGGGUCUUUAGGUUUUGUUGGCAUAUUCCUGGAGUGUCCUGUGUCUACUAGUCAACCAGCUUUUAGUUAGAGCCUGUUUAGAGCUGAUACCAUCUUGCUUUGUGAAUGGCGCUGUUGCCUGAUAGGGUUUCCUCUCCCGCUGGAUGUCUUUAGGCAGGACUGGCUGCAUGUACAUUUUCUUGGGGGAGGUACUGCUGAUUGGCACACACACGUGACAGUCAUGUUUGUGGUUGUCAUCACCCACAAGUAGAGAGACUGGUUCAGUUCCAUCAGACUACUGGGGUUUCCACAUAAUUUGUCCAGAAUUCAUAGUGUGGGAGCCAUGAAGUGUCUUCGUAUUUUUGUAGGCUGCACUACUUGCCUGUUAGCUCUAGGCAUUCAAGACCAAGGGAAGUCAAAAUUAGACUGUGGAUGCAUGUAAGUGUAUCUCACCACUUAAUACCUGUAUCACUAAAAUGUCUUAAUACAGGAAGACAUUACAUUUCAGGGUAGUAACUGUUCCAUGUGCACUUGCAGCAUAGUAACACUAAAUCAAUAGCUCUGCUGUGCAGUCAUGAGCUUCUAAUGAUGUUUUGGCCAAAGGACACCAGGUAGAUGAGAUGCAUAAUUUCUUACAUGAUCGUUAGGCUUAUGGGAAUGACUUUUAUUGAACUAACAUUUUUUUUACUGGAUUUGAGUUGGUACUCGGAUUUGCUGAAUUUCUCUAACUGGUGGUUUUACAAUGAAUACUGAUACAAAUUUUGGUGACUACCAUUAGAUUAUUUCUCCUCCAUAUUAAUCCUUGUUGUAGUUUCACUGGCUGUUAAUUGUUGGCUGUAAAACAAAAUAAACGCCUUGCUGUGCAGCAUAGGUUUUUACUCAUCUCCUGUUGUUUAAAUAAAAUAUUAGUCUCUGAA